CAGGUAAAACCCCCUUGCAAAACCGCCCUACUCAUCAUCAUCAACAGCAUAAUCAUAAAAACGUGAAUAUUAUGGAACCCGCUGCUCCGGUGGGUGAAAUUCACGUAAUUGUGGGUCCCAUGUUUGCUGGUAAAACUACCACCCUUCUAAGGAGGAUUCAGACUGAGAGCACGAAUGGAAGAAGUGUUGCAGUAAUAAAAUCAAACAAGGAUACUAGAUAUGCAUUGGAUUCAAUUGUGACGCAUGAUGGAGAAAAAUUACCAUGCUGGCCAAUGGCGGAUCUUUCAUCAUUCAGACAGAAACUUGGUCCUGAGGCAUAUGAUAAGCUAGAAGUAAUUGGUAUAGACGAAGCACAGUUUUUCGAAGACCUUCAUGAUUUCUCGGAAGCUGCUGACCAUGAUGGCAAGACUGUAAUAGUUGCUGGGCUGGAUGGGGACUAUUUAAGGAGAAGUUUUGGGUCCGUUCUUGAAGUUAUACCCCUUGCUGACUCUGUAACCAAGUUAACUGCUCGGUGUGAGCUCUGUGGUAAACGUGCUUUCUUUACAUUGAGAAAGACAGAGGAGACUGAAACAGAACUAAUUGCUGGCGCUGAAGUAUAUAUGCCCGUUUGUCGAAAACAUUAUGUUAGCGGACAAGUGAUCAAAGAAGCAGCAAAGAAGGUCCUCGAAUCUGAACCGGUUCCAUGUGCUGCAGUUUUAUAGUCCAAAGCUGCUCGUAUCUCAGCCCAGAAAUAUCAAAUCUAUAACUCAAAGUUGAGUGUACCCUCUCUGGUCCUAGAACGAACAGAUACAUCU